UUUUAUAAAAACAAACUUGAGGAUUCGAGAAUGACAAACAUUUUUUCAAACCAAAACUUAUAUUUGUAAUAUUUGUUUGUAAGCCAGUAGUUGAACAAGCAAUAAAUCAAAAAUAAGUGUACGAUUGUAUUGAUAUAAUAAAGUUUAUCGUCAAAAAUGUCUAUUGGCACUGUUUACGAAACAGCCUACAAAGGAGAUUUUAAUCAAGUUAAAGUUAAAAUAGAUAAUGAUAAGUCCUUAAUUGAAACACCCGAUUCGAAUGGCAGACUUCUUAUUCAUUGGGCUGCAUUAGGCGGUAACAAACAUUUAGUCGAUUAUUUAAUUGAAUUAGGAUCACCUAUAAAUCCUGUUGAUGACACGAAUAGUAGUCCUAUUACAUUAGCUGCAUCAGCAGGUAGAUAUGAUGUUGUUAAAUUGCUAAUUGAUAAAGGUGCCAAUGUAAACCAUAAAACAUAUCGUGGACAAACACCUCUCCAUUAUGCAUCUUCAAAGGGACACAAAGAGAUUGUUAAACUGCUAAUAGAUUCUGAUGCUAGGGUCAAUGAAGUUGAUGAACUGAGAGCAACGCCACUGCAUAGAGCUGCCGCUCAAGGCAGAAGCAGUAUUGUAGAAUUACUUUUGGAAAGUCCCUCAAUCAUUGUUGAUCUCUGUGAUUCUACAGGAUGUACGGCUUUACAUCUCGCCUGUGAGGAAGAAAGAGAAGCAGUGGCCUGUAUGUUGGUUAAAGCUGGGGCAAGUUUUAGUAUAAAAAAUAAAGAAGAAAAAACACCACUUGAUUUAUGUUCUAACAAACUGAAAAAUAUGUUGCACAAUCUAUUGGAAUAAAAAUAAAUUGCAAAUUCA